CAGUGGAAGCCAGUGACUUCAUCUACCUGCUACUUAAGGGUUGUGCCGAACUCGGUGCUGUGCCUGCGCGUUCCGAUUAGUACUUCGAUAUGACCCCAGUGGAUUACGCAGCUCGUGCCAUUGUUCACUUCUACACAGAGCAAGUAAGUGGCUAAGCAAAUGUGUCACGAAGCUGAUCACCGUGGGCUCCCUGUAUCCAUUUUACGUCCAGGCGACAUGGCUCCGUCGUCUCUCACCGGCCAGUGGAAAGCCAGUGACUUCAUCUACCUGCUACUUAAGGGUUAUGCCGAACUCGGUGCUGUGCCUGCGCGUUCCGAUUGGUACUUCGAUAUGACCCCAGUGGAUUACGCAGCUCGUGCCAUUGUUCCCUUCUGCACAGAGCAAGUAAGUGGCUGGGCAAAUGUGUCACGAAGCUGCUCACCGUGGGCUCCCUGUAUCCAUUUUACGUCCAGGAAAAAACAUGGCUCCGUCGUCUCUCACCGGCCAGUGGAAAGCCAGUGACUUCAUCUACCUGCUACUUAAGGGUUGUGCCGAACUCGGUGCUGUGCCUGCUCGUUCCGAUAGGUACUUCGAUAUGACCCCAGUGGAUUACGCAGCUCGUGCCCUUGUUCACUUCUCCGCUGUGCGUCUGGCCGAGGCUUUGGGCCAGACUUUGCACAUCCAAAACCCGUCACCACCUGUCAAUAGCGACGAGUUCUUUCAACCGUUUACAAGUGCUGCGGCAGACAAGAAAUUGGCUACUGUCGAGUACGCGGAGUGGAAGAGCAGUCUGAACCAGGCUGCAGCCAAGACGGACGCGUCACUGGAGCUACAGAAAUUGGCCACAUGCAUUGAUUCAUUCGAGGAAUAUUUCCACAGCGACAAAGUGUUCGACUCGAGUCCCUUGGCUGAGCUACUGAAGGCUGCAGCGAUCUCGUGUCCGGUGGUGAGCCAGAAUCUCCUGAACAUAAAAAUCGUGCUAAGUGUACCCCCGAAAUAUGACCACCCUCUGAAAGAGUGUCGGCGGUUCUAG